AUGACGACUUCUGAGCAGUCAGAAUUCCCCAAAUUCCGUGAUGGCAAUGUUUUCAUCAUGAUAUCCACCACUCAGACAUACCGUCUUCACCAACAAGUCUUGGAGAGCCAUUCGACUUUCUUCAAGAAAGAAAUCGCCAAGUACCCCGGUGCUCACCUGAACGCAGCAGCCAGACGCAACAAUGCCCCACAAUAUCACUUUGAGUGGUUGGAAGCGACUUCAGACAAUGAUAACGGACGGUUUGUGAGAUUGGAAGUAAGCAACUCUGGCCGUACACUAGGAAGCACUCCACGCGGUCCACGCCUCAUCAAUGGGAAAGUCGACAAAUCCAAUGACAAAGCCUGGGACUGGGUCUUUGGCCUCUUCUACAGCCGUGCGCCUGUGUUUGACAGUGAGAAUCUGCAGGUUGUCCUCGAUCAUGUGAUUUCCAUGAUUGAAUGCGCUGAGAUCAUCGGCUCCGAGAAGUUCAUCUAUCAGACUGCCGACCUUGCAUUGCUUCGUCACGACAAUGUUCUCUGGACCUCGAUCUUGGGUGCACCUGCUGUAUGGAUUGAGUUUGCUUGCCGUCUUCACUCACCAUCGAUUUUCACAGAAGCAGCCAUUCACCUGGUGGGCCAGUGGGAGACACUGUCGGACGCGGUAAAGGAAGGUAUCCCCAAAUCAGCACGUCUGACCAUCGCGCAAAAAGCCAGAGAGCUCUCGAUUGUCAAAGAAGCCGUUGAGCUCAGAAUCCUGGGCCAUUACCCUGCCUACACCACCCGAAAAGCCGCACAGAAGCCUGGCCGUCCCUCAUAUGCCAAUGACAUCUACAUGUGGAUGUGUAUUGGGUUCUUUCGUCAAUGGUUUGCCCAAUGCAUCUCCGACGACCGCACCCGACGUGCUCCCGACGGCGGCCUCAACAUCUACUGUGCAAUCGCCGAAGGUGGGCAGGCAUAUCUCUCGCACCUGGACUUCCAGGAAUUCCACCGAUAUUUCCCCAUGAGCAUCAAAGCCACUCACGUUCUCGAAGCCCACAUGGGUGUGCUCAAGAAAGACCUGCAGGCAUUUGUCGAGCCCCUCAUCGAACAAAACACUCAUCUGAAGAGAGGCGCGUAUCAGAUCCAUUGGCUGACCUGUGCCAAGAUCGAGAAGAUGGAUUUCCCGUGGUACAGCCCUUACGAAGGCAAGCAUGAUGCCCUCGAGGAUCUGUACAAGACCCUGGAGGAAGAGAACGCUCGAAUGGAUGCCAUGAAAAGAGCCGAUGCGGGGUUUGAGGCGCGUACUGAACACGAUGUCGAGAACGAGCCAGAUGACCUGUCCGAGAUGGAGGAAGACGAAGGGACCGUCGACGACCACGCCAUGAGACUCGCACAGGCUAGAGCUGGCAAGAAGCGUGCACGAGACGAAGAUGAUUAUGAAGAAGAAUCCCAGGGCACUGACGCUGCUGGACCCGCCGGUGUUGAGGUUAGUCUUAGUCGUGUCGCAGCCGCCUCCAACAAUGUCCCCAUCACUCAUGUUCCCGGAACUACUGCCCCUGUCAUACCCGGUGUUGAACUCGCUGCAUUUAUCCCUGUUGAUCCCCGUCUUGUUGACGUCACUGGCUUUUCGGUUGAGCCUGACAGUGCUGAUAAUGUUGUUCCCAAUGCUCAGGCCAAUGGUGCUACAGACGCAGAGUACGCACAAUUCAUCAACGACGCCGGCGACGCCGAAGAAGACGGUGACGGUGAUGAGUUUAUGGAGGAUCAAGACUAG